UCAUUCUUACUCAGGGAAAAGCUAAAUUUGGCCCAGUACACAGGAGGAUGCCUCACCUCCCCUCCUCGCUCUCAAAGCUGUUCAGACAAGAACCAUCUUUUGCCUGGAAGAUGUUCAGCCCCACUCACACAUUUUGGUGUCUCAGGAGGCCUUCGUAAGAUGACAGGCCCACAGGAAAGCACCUAUCACAGAGAAAAAGGGAACCAAGCUGAAUCUCUCCAGCAGUUCGGGAGAUUCUGCAGGUAUUUCCAGUGGGGAUUUUCCUGGACUUAAAAGAUUAGAUACCACAGUUGUCUAUAGCCAGCAACUUUCUGCUGCGUGUAACAAACGUGCAACAAUCCAAAUACAAUGUCUGCUCCUAGUGGUGCCCCUUUCCCAUCUGCACCACCUUCUUAUGAGGAAACAACAGGAAUCAAUGUGAGCUAUCCUCACCCUUAUCCUGUCCCAGAACAUGGCCAGAAACCGGAGUGGAAAGGGAUGAACCCUCCUCCAUACUUGGGACAGCCCACACCAGUGAAUAACCCGGUUACAGUUCAGACAGUGUACGUGCAGCAGCCGGUAGUGUUUUAUGACCGCCCAGUUCAGAUGUGCUGCCCCUCCUGUAACCAGAUGAUAGUGACACGUCUCUCGUAUGACUCAGGGGCUUUGACUUGGCUGUCAUGUGGUGGCCUCUUCCUGCUGGGAUGCGUAGGUGGCUGCUGCUUAAUUCCCUUCUGCAUUGAUGCCCUGAAGGAUGUGGAUCACACCUGUCCAAACUGCAAUGCACUUCUCGGUUCUUACAAACGUUUAUAGUGUUGAAAUAUUGAUAAUUGGUUGAUGAAGCUGGUUAGCACCUCUACAAGCCCUUUCUGAAGCUUCAUGGAGACCUCUGAUUGUUCUGUGCAUUCUGUCCCUGGAAACCAAUCAAAAGUAAUGUUAAUUGCUAGAUUGUUUGAUUAAGAAUUUUCUUGAAGGGUUUCUGAUACAGGUCUGUAAAAAGUUUGUGUAACCUUUAUGGGCCACUCAGUCCAGCACCAGUUGAUAGCAGCUGUUUUUUUUCUGCUUUAUUCAAAAAACAGUUGGUGAUAACUCUUCAGUUAACCGUGUCUCAAUCCUGUUGCAUGCUGGUGUGCUUGCUUACAGUCUCAGCACAGACCAAGAGGAGAGAGCAUCUGUGGAGACCUAUAUAGUCUCAUGUAUGGUGUUGAUGCUUUUACAACAGCACUGUUUAUAAACUGGCAGGGAGUUUCUUGCCUCAGAGACAGGUGCCUCUCUGACAAAAGAAGUGAUUUGUAGGCAUCUUUUAAUGAGCACUGAAGUUCACUUUAAAAAUUAGCUGAAAGAGAACCAAACCUAAAGGCUUCUUCGUUCUUGGAGGCUGCUCUACCAAAUAGACAACUCAGGUAAUUGUGUGUCAAUGGUGAUUCAAUCUAGUGAAUUUCCUUGCCAUUUUUAAGUCUAGUCAUAUCCCUACUCUGCAGUUUUUACAUAGGAAUUUCAAAUAAGUAUUUUUUUUUCAGUGUUUUUUGUUUGGUUAGGGGGUUUUUAAUGCUGUUUUAUAAGUCUGUGAAAUGUUUUCUCUAACCCAGUGGAAAUGCCAAUAGAGCCUUGGCUAUAGCAUUGGAAAACUUGCUUUUACAUUUACAUAAGUCAAAGGAUAGGUCAUAAACCUCGGCCUUAUCUUAAGGCUUGAAUUCCACCUGCAAAUAGAGAUACAGGACCUGUGCUUUAGGUUGUUGAUCUGUUAACUCUUUCUUCAUUUAGAAGGUAACAUGUUUGCUAAGGAGUUUCUCUGAUUACUUAGAAUUGUACUCUGAUUUUUGUAAAUGAAAGAGAAGUUCUGUUUUCAGAAAGUUAAGCUGGGUGUGCUUAUUUUAAGACAAUGAUCACAAAAAAAGGGAAUGAGGUUUCUGAAGGUUGAAGUAUUUUACCAUGUCAUAAGCAGCAGACUUGAUCUAAGUAACAUUUUGAUGAAUUUGUAUGAUACCUGUCUAGAAAAGGAAGACAGGUGUUUAAAUGAGGCUGUGAUUCUCACACUGUAUUAAUCUCUGUAAAAAGAAAAAGCUAAAAUAAAUACAAAUAAAAAUACUGCAUUUAC